AUGAGAUCCGCCUGGCUGCCUGUGCAUUUGAAUCUGAUGUGGACCCUCAUCCAAGGGAUUUUCUGGUCCAGUGGGGGAGAUAGCCAGAUCCACAGCCCCUUGAUGCAUGAUGCCUCCCUGAACAUCUCUGAUUUGGGAUCCACCAGCAUCAAUCACUUCAUAACAUUGCUAGAAAUAAAAGAACUCACCUGUGAUCCAGAUGACCCAAUCAGUGCAGCAUUUCAGAGCCAGAAGAGGACUCAGCCACUGAAGAUGACCCCUGGCUUUAUUCCCCAUCCUGUGUGGUUUUUCCUGGUGAGGAACAUAGGGGUUCACAGUGAGGGUAAUGAAUUCUGUGCCUCCAACCAGGUUAUGUAG